GCCUGGGCUGGGGAGGGGGGCACCCCCGCCCCCGACAGGGGCAUUGGAAGGGCAGGUGGAGCCCGUGGCAUCGAUCGCGGUAACCUGAUCCCGCGGGGGAGGCGCGCGGCCGUGGCGGGCAGCAGCGCAGCGGCCGGGGGAGGGAGCCGCCUGCAGCGGAGGGCUGGGCCGGGCAGAGCUGGGGCUCGGGCCUGGGUCGCCACGCGGCCGCCUCCCGCGGCCCAUCCAUUUUUAAUGAGCUCUCCGGGCGUCUGCAGCGGGCAGGACGCAGAGAGGCAGGCCCAGGCGGUGGAGGCCAGAAGUCCCAACCCUGCCCUCCGCCCUGGCCCCACUACCCUCCUGGGCAUGAGAGGGUGGUCCUGGGGCCCCGCAGCCCCCCGGCCGGGCAGGGCCCUCCAUGCAGCUGGUGCUGAAGAUGGAGUCAAGCCCAGACAAUGACAGCUGGUUGGAGGACCAGUGGGAACGCUGGCUCACCCAUGACAUCAGCCUGGAGGAGUUUGAGGACGAAGACCUCUCAGAGAUCACCGAUGAGUGUGGCAUCAGCCUUCAGUGCAAAGAUGCCCUGUCCUUACGGGCCCCACGCGCCGGGCUGCUCUCUGGGGGCGGCGGCAGCGCCGGGAGCCGGCUGCAGGCCGAGAUGUUGCAGAUGGACCUGAUCGACGCGGCGGGGGACACUCCCGGCGCCGAGGAGGAGGACGACGACGAGGACGAGGAGCGCGCGGCCCGGCGGUCGGGUGUUGGGCCGCCGGAGGCUGAGCCCGUCCAGGAGCCAGCGCCCCGCGGGCAGGGUCCAGGUCCGGGCAGCGGGGACACGUACCGACCCAAGAGGCCCACCACGCUCAACCUCUUCCCGCAGGUGCCGCGGUCUCAGGACACGCUGAAUAACAAUUCUCUGGGCAAGAAGCACAGUUGGCAGGACCGCGUGUCACGGUCAUCGUCCCCUCUGAAGACAGGGGAGCAGACACCACCCCACGAGCACAUCUGCCUGAGUGAUGAGCUGCCCCCCCAGAGCAGCCCCGCCCCGACCAAGGACCGGGGCCACUCGCAUCGAGACCGCAUCCACUACCAGGCGGAUGUGCGGCUGGAGGCCACGGAGGAGAUCUACCUGACACCCGUGCAGCGGCCCCCGGAGCCUGCGGAGCCCGCCCCCGCCUUCCUGCCGCCCGCUGAGAGCCGCAUGUCUGUCAGCUCCGACCCGGAUCCAGCCACCUACUGCUCAGUGGCGGGGCGGCCGCACCCGUCCAUCAGCGAAGAGGAUGAGGGCUUCGACUGCCUGUCGUCGCCCGAGCGGGCCGAGCCCCCGGGCGGAGCAUGGCGGAGCAGCCUGGGGGAGCCCCCGCCGCCCCCGCGGGCCUCCCUGAGCUCGGACACCAGCGCCCUAUCCUACGACUCGGUCAAGUACACGUUGGUGGUGGACGAGCACGCCCAGCUGGAGCUGGUGAGCCUGCGGCCCUGCUUUGGGGACUACAGCGACGAGAGCGACUCGGCCACCGUCUACGACAACUGUGCCUCUGCCUCCUCGCCCUACGAGUCAGCCAUUGGGGAGGAGUACGAGGAGGCCCCCCAGCCCCGGCCCCCCGCCUGCCUCUCCGAGGACACCACGCCAGAUGAGCCCGACGUGCACUUCUCCAAGAAGUUCCUGAACGUCUUCAUGAGCGGCCGCUCUCGCUCCUCCAGUGCAGAGUCCUUCGGGCUGUUCUCCUGCACCAUCAAUGGCGAGGAGCAGGAGCAGACACACAGAGCCAUCUUCAGGUUUGUGCCGCGGCACGAAGACGAGCUGGAGCUGGAAGUGGACGACCCGCUGCUGGUGGCACUGCAGGCCGAGGACUACUGGUACGAGGCCUACAACAUGCGCACAGGCGCGCGGGGCGUCUUUCCCGCCUACUACGCCAUCGAGGUCGCCAAGGAGCCCGAGCACAUGGCAGCCCUGGCCAAAAGCAGCGACUGGAUGGACCAGUUUUGGGUGAAGUUCCUGGGCUCGGUCCAGGUCCCCUAUCACAAGGGCAACGAUGUCCUCUGUGCCGCUAUGCAAAAGAUCGCCACCACCCGUCGGCUCACCGUGCACUUUAACCCGCCCUCCAGCUGCGUCCUGGAGAUCAGUGUGCGGGGCGUGAAGAUCGGCGUCAAGGCCGACGACUCCCAGGAGGCCAAGGGGAAUAAAUGUAGCCACUUUUUCCAGUUGAAAAACAUCUCUUUCUGUGGAUACCAUCCAAAGAACAACAAGUACUUUGGGUUCAUCACCAAGCACCCCGCCGACCACCGGUUCGCCUGCCACGUCUUUGUGUCUGAAGAGUCCACCAAAGUCCUAGCUGAGUCUGUGGGGAGGGCCUUCCAGCAGUUCUACAAGCAGUUCGUGGACUACACCUGCCCCACAGAGGACAUCUACUUGGAGUAGCAGCUGCCCCGACGCGCCUCAGGAGAGGACCCUGGCCGAUCGUGGGAGCUGGCCCUCCUGAGGAGGGUGCCCCCUGCCCCUGCCAGAGGAGUGGGGGUGGGAGGCGCUGGGUGGGGGAGGGGGGUCACAGGGAGAGGCAAAUGGUUUAUUGUAAUAUACGGGGUUAGAUUCGUCUGUGGAGGUCGGAGCUGACGGCCUGGGUUGGGAGAGGGCAGGGAGGGGCAGAGGGGUGGAGCCAGGCCUCUGGCCGGAAGGACGCCCACUCACGCCCAGAGCAGAGGGCACCAGCCUGUGCCUGGGCCCCCUGACUGGACUGCUGGCUCCUGCCUUGACCAUCCACCUGCAAGUGCCCACCCCGCCCCCGCCCGAACCGAAGAGCCCUGAGCCAGGCCACCUCCUGCGGACUCUGCAGGAAGGGGAUGGCACCCCGCGGAGGUGAGGGCCCUGUGCCCAGCUUUGUCCCUCGGUGGUCCCGGGAUGUUCCCAACCCCCCACCCCCCAUUCUCGCCAGCAUGCUGGCCCCUGGAGGCCUAGGACCUCAGCGGGGUGGGGAGGCUGCCGCAGGGCCUGGGCCUGGUGGGAGAGGUGGGCGCAAGAGUAGCCCGGCCCAGCGGGGGCCUCCCAGCUUGGCCCUGUCACCCUGGCCACAUGAUUAAAGUGCCAUUCCUGUCUAGACCGCAGUGGGUGUGUCUCGGGGAUCCCCUCUCUCCCUCGCGCAGGCGCACCCAAGAAGCGAGGCUGCUGCUGCGCAAAAUAGCUUUAUAGGGAGCUGCGGUCACAGUCACAGGUGGGCGUCGUAGUAGUACUCCGCCAUGUCUGGCCCGUCGCGCUUGCGCUGCUGGGCUCGGGAGAGGAGGGGCCGUGGUCCUCGAGGCCAGGGGUGCUUGGGUCGGACCCCGUAGUCUGAAGGGAGAGAGGGUCGCCGAGUGUAGUGGGCUGUUGGGGCAGAGGAGACCCUCAGGGCGGGCCCCGGGCCCUCCCCCAGGGAGGGGAAAUGGCAAGAGAGGCUACCGUCCACCAGCCCCGAGAUCGGCUCAGAGACUUCCAGGGGGCCCGAAAACUCCUCGGGCACAGAGCGCUGAGACCUGUGGGACGUGUUGGGGGUGCUCAGCUCUGUCCCCAAAGGCAAGGCAGCUUCCCCGCGCUGCCACCUUGCGGCCUCCCUGUGGGGCAGGGGCUUGUCGAGAGAGGGCGCCAGGUGGGCGUGGAGCCCGGUGUACGCUACCUCGGAGGCUGGGGGCGAAGGAGUGCAGCUGCCAGAACGAGGUAGAGGAGGAAGAGGCUCAGCCCGGCCCUGGGGGACAGAGCCCCCAGCAUGGCGAGAACCAUCUUGCUGCAGAGUUCUUGGUUGGUCUCUGCCCCUCCCCCAGAGCAGAUGGAACCCGCUGCCCGGGGCCACCUCACAAAGGGCCCUGGUUCAGGGGCUAGGCCGCAGGCCUCCACACUGGAGAGGGGCCAGGGGUUGUGCUCAUCGACUGGAGACUGCAGUGGUCAAAGGAAACCCUGUCCAGCGCCAUGGCCCUGGGAGCGAGGGCAGGCCUUGCAGGUGGGCAGUCUGGGUGGGUGCUGCCCUUGGCUGGUCUCUGCCUCCCACAUCAUGUGUCUAACGAGACCUGGCACACCGGAGGCCUGGAGCCCACGUCACUAUCCCUCUACCUGGAGACAGCCCGGCUGUUCCCUCGGCAGGCAGCCUUCCUGCCCCUGCGGUCCUGGCUCUGGCACCCCUUGAUCCCUGGCAGGGCCUGCCCACUGAAGAAUAGUGCCCGAUUUAACCCCUUGAUGCCACCAGGAGAGAGGCUGUGCAGACGCCUCCCCUCCCACCCUGCUGGUGGCCUCUCUGCACGAUGCAGCUCAGAACAGCCUGGAACAGGGCUGCCACAGUUCCCUGCCACCACCGGGGGUCAGAGAGGGUCCUCCAGGUGGCACAGCCCUGGACCUGCUCCCUGGGGCGGAAGCUUGAAGGCCCAGUUCAUGCACAGUCCUGGAAUUGGAUACCUUGCAGGAGCUCAAUAAAUGCAGUCUGACGUACAA